AUGUUGAAUUUACGUCGGGCCCUUAUUGCGGCGGCAUUUCUGUUGACCGUCUUCUUCCUCGUGUCCCAGUCGCACCGAUCGUCAGCCUCAUCAAGCACCUUUGCUACUGGACAAGCGGCCACGACUGCGACGGGCUCAAGCGACUCCUUGACUGGCCCUGUCACGCAGCCAGGCAGUCGUGUAGCCGCCCAGAAGCCACUGGUUGACAUGUCGCACAUGUCAACCAUUGACAAGCUCUCUUACACCUAUCCUUACGAUAUCGAGAGGAAAUUUCCUGCCUACAUCUGGCAAACAUGGAAGUACACGCCUGCCGACGGCGAAUUCGAUUUUCGCGACCAAGAGGCUUCAUGGACCGUUUUGCACCCUGGCUUUGUUCACGAAGUCAUCACCGACUCGGUUGCUCUUAGCCUGCUACGCAUGCUCUAUGCAUCGGUUCCCGAAGUCCUUGAGGCGUACGAGGCCCUCCCUUUACCGGUCCUCAAGGCAGACUUCUUCCGCUACCUCAUCCUCUUUGCCCGUGGCGGCAUCUACUCCGACAUUGAUACCUUUGCUCUCCAGAGCGCUGACGUCUGGAUCCCCAAAGCCAUAUCUCGCGAGAGUGUCGGAAUGGUGAUUGGCAUCGAGGCUGAUCCGGAUCGUGAGGAUUGGGCCGAUUGGUACAGCCGCCGCAUUCAAUUUUGCCAGUGGACCAUCCAGAGCAAGCCCGGCCACCCUAUUCUGCGCGAUACCAUUGCGCGCAUUACAAAUGCUACUCUUGGUCUCAAGGCCAAUGGCAAGCUAAGCAGCAUGCACGGCAGUGAAGGCGUUGUCGAUUUGACUGGCCCUGCCAUUUGGACCGACACCAUCAUGGACUACUUCAACGACCCUCGCUUCUUUGACAUGGCUGCGACCCCUGGCAAGAUUGACUUCCACAACUUUACUGGCAUGGAAGUCAGCAAGCGGGUCGGCGAUGUCGUCGUGCUUCCCAUUACUGGCUUUUCUCCCGGUGUCCAGCAGAUGGGUGCCAAGGAUUAUGACGACCCCCAGGCGUUUGUUAAGCAUGAUUUUGAGGGAUCUUGGAAACCCGAAGAACAGCGACACAUUGGCGAGACACAGGACUCAUAG